UAUCUGUCCAUGCCAACAAAACAUCCAUUCUGGCUACCAGCUAACUCAAUAGCAAAUGAGAACGAAAAAGUUUUCCGGAGAGUGUCUUCGUAUUGCUGACAGUGGAGCACAUUGCAUCGUCUUUGAAUGACAGACUGUUACUCUAAGUGAUUGUGCGGUUGGUGCUUCCAAUAUGAAUUUCUCAGAGGUUUUCAAACAGUCUAACCAACUGUGCAGAGUUUCACCAGACGGAAACUACUUGGCCACCUGUGUGCAGUACAGAUUGGUUGUCCGAGAUGUAAACACAUUACAGAUCCUUCAUCUUUACACCUGCCUUGAUCAGAUUGUCCAUAUGGAGUGGUCCUCUGACUCUCUUUUCAUUCUCUGCGCCAUGUACAAGAGGGGACUGGUACAGGUGUGGUCUCUGGAGCAGCCAGACUGGCACUGUAAGAUUGACGAGGGCUCAAUCGGUUUAGUCUCCUCACGCUGGAGUCCAGACGGACGUCACAUUCUCAACACCACAGAGUUCCAUCUGAGAGUUACCGUCUGGUCCCUGAGCACCAAAGCUGUGUCUUACAUCAAGUACCCAAAGGCAUGUCAGAAGGAGAUGGAUUUCAGCAGGGACGGCUGUUACAUGGCCCUUGCGGAGCGCCGUGACUGUAAAGACUACGUCAGCGUGUUUGUGUGUGACGACUGGCACCUACUCAGGCACUUUGAGGCGGAGACCCAGGAUCUGGCAGGGGUGGAGUGGUCUCCCAAUGGCUGUGUUUUGGCUGUGUGGGACAGCUGUCUCGAGUAUAAGGUGUUGCUGUAUUCGUUAGACGGACGCCUUCUGUCCACCUACAGUGCGUAUGAGUGGUCACUGGGCAUCAAGUCUUUGACCUGGAGCCCCAGCAGCCAGUUCCUGGCCAUUGGAAGCUAUGAUGAGAAGGUACGCAUACUGAAUCACAUCACCUGGAAGAAAAUCACAGAAUUUGAUCACCCUGCCACCAUCAACAACACAAAAGCUGUGGUUUAUAAGGAAGUCGAGAGGAGGCCAGUGGUUGGGAAUGGGGACAUUUCCAUCCAACAUAUCACUGUAGGGAGCACCCUUUUCAACAGCCAGAGCAAAUAUGAGAUUUUUCCACUGCCGGUCCAGAUCCCAGUGGUCAAACCGGACCCUGACCGGGCUAAUCCUAAAAUAGGGAUCUCAUCCAUGGCUUUCAGCUCAGACAACCGCUACCUAGCAACCAAAAAUGACAGCAUGGCCAGUGUGGUCUGGAUAUGGGACAUGCAGAAGCUGAGUCUCCUCGCUGUACUGGAACAGACGUCAGCAGUGCGCUGUUUCCAGUGGGACCCCUGCCGCCCCCGACUGGUGCUCUGCACUGGCAACGCCAAGCUCUACCUCUGGUCCCCUGCAGGGUGUGUCUCUGUACAAGUACCAGCUGAAGGUGGUUUCCAGGUUCAGUCUUUAAGUUGGCACUGCAGUGGCGACUCCUUAAUCCUCCUGGGGAAAGAGAACCUGUGUGUGUGCUACAUGGAGACAGACGAGGACAAGUGAUACACACACAUGGAGACAGACGAGGACAAGUGAUACACACACAUGGAGACAGACGAGGACAAGUGAUACACACACAUGGAGACAGACGAGGACAAGUGAUACACACACAUGGAGACAGACGAGGACAAGUGAUACACACACAUGGAGACAG